CAGAACUACCAGCAUUGCACACCUAACCUUCCCCCCUACCGUGACGAAUACCCAAGAUCAAUAUCAGACAUGUCCUUCAAAGCAGACGGACCCAAAGUCCGCCCCGAGCGAGUCAAACCGCCGCCCCCGUCUCCUCCGACAGAUGCACAUCCCAAUCCACCGUCAUGGUCCCGCCGCUCCUCGACCUCGUCCACAACCUCGUUCCAUUCCGCCCACUCGGUGCAGCAGGACCGCUUCUCCCCCGCCGAAGAAUCUCGCAUGCUGUCGCUCUCCAACGAUCUGAAAUCCCAGGCAAACACUUUCUUUUCCCGCCACGAUUACGAGUCCGCAAUCCAGAUCUACGACCGCGCCCUGGCGGAACUGCCGCGGUAUUUGGACUACGAGAUGGCUGUGCUACAGAGCAACAUUGCGGCCUGCCACUUGAAGCUUGAGCAAUGGAAGGACGCCGUAGAAAGUUGCGAAAGGGGCUUGGACGGCUUGGAACGAGAAUUGCCGACCAAGAAAAAAGAGAAGGCGAAGAAAGGGACACGGAAGAGCACCGGGGCAAAGAAAUCGCCAUCAACGAGACCGAGCAAUGGGAAGAGCCGGAAUGGGCGGUUAAAUUCAGACACCGAGUCGGACGACGAAGGAGCAUCACCACCGCAGUCCAGAGACCAAGCGAAGUCCGAGGCCACAGACGACGCGGUCGUCGAACUCCCCUCGGACGAAGAGGACGAAUCCGUCGCGCUGAAGAAUCUCCAGCUCUCAGACACGAGGAAAGCCGACAUCACACGGAUCCGCGUCAAGCUGCUGCUGCGCCGCGCCCGGGCGAGGUCAAACAUGUCCAUGCUACCUCCUUCGCCGUCGUCAACAACGUCUGCCGCACCGUCAAACGCCUCCUCCCCUCCCGGCUCAGCCUGGUCCAACCUCAGCGCCGCGCUCGAAGAUUACAAGGCGCUCUCCUCCACGCCGCAGUACUGGGAGACCUUGCCGGCGUCCGACAAGAAGACCGUCCGCGACGCGCUGGUCUUGCUCCCGCCCCGGAUCGAAGAGGCCAAGCAGAAGGAAGUCAGCGAGAUGAUGGGCAAGCUCAAGGACCUGGGCAACGGGAUCUUGAAGCCGUUUGGGCUGAGCACCGACAAUUUCAAGGUUGUCCAGGGCGAGGGCGGGGGGUAUAGUCUGAGCUUCGACGGCGGAGGAGGAGGAGGAGGAGGAGCGGGGAAGAAGGGCUGAAUGAAUGACCCGGGACGCGGACGAGGUCGUGUUGAUGCAGCUAUCUACGUGGCGGGCGAUAUGAAAAUACCUAACGAACGCGAAAUGUCUGAUGCAAUAUUAUCUGCUACGUGACGAUGACCACAUGCAUGUCAGACAAUAAUGAGAGUUGAUCGAAUCCGUUUUGAUUCCGACUGCGCUUAGCUCAGACUAUCUGUCGCAACAGCACCGGCUAUUCUUCACGAUGUAUGGAUGCU